GGGGUCAUCAUCCGCAAAGGGUCAGUGCCAGCAGCCCAGCUGCACGCUGUCCGCGCUCACCAUUUGUCGUCCGACAUUUUCGUCCGAAUUGUGUUCGACGCCGACCUUUUUGAUCGUAUGAAUUGCUGACCGCGUGCCACCCAUCAAUCCCAUGAACAUGACCCCAUCAAAUGCGCACGCUGAAUCUGGACGUCAUUCCCCGUCGCGCAGACAACGUGUAACAACCCGCUUCUGCAAAUUCUCCCGCGAUACCAUGGACUCCACGUUCACUGCAACUCUUUAUACAACUGAAGCCACAGCGGCCGAAGCACGUUAUGCCGAUGAGGGCGCACUGCGCGAACUUUGCGUAUGGCGCGUAGAUCUGAAGGGCGUAGGGGCAUUCCGGGCCAACGCAUCGGCAAGUGCCGAGGAAGGUUUUUACACAGAUUUCGAUAUAGGGCUCGAGGUGGACAGUGCUGAGGUUCGAGGCGUGCUUCUAGACACUGCGGGUUUGGAAUGGGGCAGGGUUGUCUUCGGGUUUACGACCUGAGAUUCCGUUACACUUGCAGGCUUAGGUACUUUAAGCACACGCCGAAGCCUGGGAAAUCGACGGAAUGUGAAAAAAACGGAGGGAGGCACCGAGACGGGUGAUGUGUGUUGCGUGGUCGACCGAAUCUGAGAUAAACGCGAGAUUCUAGGAGAUGCGCGGAAGAUGCGAUCUGUUCGCUUGUAAAUGGGGAUAGCACCCUCGAACCCAGUUCUUUGCCACGCUGUACGAAUUUGGCGCGGGCCGUGGAUCAAGGUCUCACCUUUUCAAAGCCACAAAAUCCAUAUCCACAUUUUCGCGCCCUAUAAAACCAUCUCUGCCGCCAUGUCGUUAGGGCCGCACCAGCAUGUUUCCUCCCUCGCCCCCCGCCAGCGCCCCAUCGGCCGAAAACGUCAAAAUGGAAUCCGAGACCUCCGACGUCAGCUCUCUCUCCCGCGCUCAACUGGUCGCCGCUCUCGAACCUAUAUCAUCGACCCGCCCGUCGUGGUCCAACUGGGCGCAAACUUUCCACUGCACUCCCUCCGCACGCUUCGCUCCCCGCACUGUGCACGAAUGCCGUCUCGCCCUUGAGCUCGCACGCCGUGACGGUCGCGUCUUGCGACCAGUGGGCAUCGGGCACUCUCCGUCCGACUUGGCCUGCACAAGAGACUAUAUGCUCGACAUGACGCGCAUGAACCGAGUGCUCGAGAUCAAUGCUGCCUCCAGCUACGUCCGGGCGGAGGCGGGUAUCACACUCGACGCCAUACACUCAGCUCUAGGCCCGCAUGGCCUGGCCAUGCGCAACUUGGGCUCAAUCUCAGACCAGACAUUGGCCGGGAUCGUCACCACUUGCACCCACGGAUCCGGAGUCGACUUUGGCGUCAUGUCAACCCAUGUGAUAGCCCUGUCUCUGCUGACACCGUCUCUUUCCCUCGUUCAUCUCUCGCCUCGCGAUCCGGAUCCCAAGAUACGCGACCUAUUCACUGCGACCAUUUGCGGGUUGGGCUCGACCGGUGUCAUCAUUGACAUCACGCUCGAGGUCGAACCUGCUUUCAAUCUCAGGGACGAGCAUACAUUGCGGCCUUUCGGCGAAGUCAUAGACGAGCUGGACGAGCUGAAAGGGAAGGGGGAACAUGUCCGGUUGUGGUGGUUUCCAGCAGUGGGCCAGGUCAAAUGCAGUGUUGCCGACCGGACCAAAGAACCUCGGCGGCUGCCAUUCUCUGGAUGGACCGCAUGGUUCUGGGAUGCGGUCAUUGGCUUCCAUGCGAUUCAGACUAUGCUGGUCUUCAGUCGCUUCCGAGUGUUCUCCGAUGCCGCUCCCAUCGCUCCAAGCCAGUCUCCGAAGACCAGUCGGCUAUUUUCGGCGCUAUUGUGGGGUCCCCGUCACGUUCUGGCCCCCCUGCACCACUUCACAAAAAACGCGCACAUCUACGCAUGCCGGUUGGCGCUCUGGAUGGGCGGGAAGCACAGCGUGACGGUCAACCGUAGCGAUCUGGUGUUCAAUAUCGAAUGUCGGUACCCUCAACACACCACGGAAUGGGCGGUUCCCUCUGCAAAUGCGAAAGCUUGCCUCCUAGAACUCAAUCAGUGGCUUGAGGAACAGAGGGUGACUGAUGGUCCUUCGUCUCGACCGCAUUUUCCCAUUGAGAUCCGAUUUAGUAAGGCGGACGACCUGUGGUUGAGCCCUAGUAACGGCGUCGAGACGUGCUGGAUCGGAGUUGUGGUGUUCAAACCGUACAACCUUCCAGUGCGGUACCAAAACCUGUUCUCCGCGUUCGAGAGAAUCAUGGAAGCGCAUUCGGGCCGACCGCAUUGGGCUAAGGCGCAUCAUUUGACGCCGCAGACUACACAAGCGAUGUACCCCCAACUCGGAAAAUUCCUGGCAGUCUUGCGUGGCGCUGAUCCGGAGGGAAUUCUACGAAACGAGUACGUCGAACGGCACCUACUCUCUCGGGACCAUCCGGAGGCGUUUUGGGGGAGGGAGUACAAGCUGCGGAAUGGACCUCCGCGUCUCUCACGGCCUUGGCUCGCUCGAUCGGACUGGCGCCACGAUUGGCGCAUUCCACCACCACCUUCCCACGUCGCCCAACUCAAAGCGGACAGGGCGGCCCGGGUCGACUGGACAAUCGCAGACCAGUCUCUCCCCUCCUCAGACUCGGAGUCGGAUGCCGAGACCUUGGCAGAACUCGAUGUUCCCCAGUGCGCUAAAUACUAGCCACUGACCCAUACGAAAAGUAUCUUAGACAAGCAGCACUGCCGCAACGGAUUGAUUGUCUGCUAACUAUGUCGUAUUUCGCAGUUCUGAUAAGUAGAUUGUUGUAAACUCAUCAUAUGCCCAGCUGUUGCUGGAUGGACUCGCGAACUCUUCUCUCAUAUUCGGGCCGGUUGUCACGAUACAGCUUGCUGCAGUCAACGCUCGCAGGGGACUCGAGAUUGGGCUCUGAGUCCAUUGUCAGAGAGAGCGGGAGUCGGCACGACAUACGAUUCAUACGCACCGGCCAACAUGGAGAUCACACUCAGAAUAACCUUCUCGACACUCUGCACCGGGCUCCAGCGCUCCGAUGCCUGCUCGUACUGCAUCGGGUCGUCUCCCGGUGUAUGCAAGAUCGAGAUGCAGACCGUCCCGUCCGGGUAAACUAGAGUGCCAGACAUCAGUCUCAAUUCGCCGAUUGAUCCAAGGGGGCCCUGGUCUUGUCUUGUGAAGAUGGGGAUGAUCGGCGCUGGAUACACAGAUGGAUCCCGCUUUGACAGGCUGUUCCAUCUGCGAAGCACGACGGCUAUGCAUCGGCUGGCCGGGCUGAUCGUGGAAUUGCGGGGGGGAAACAGCAUCGUACGAGAACAAGUGAUGGCGACCAGGGACCGGGCACAAGCACAAGACACGUACUAUUGGGAUGGAACAGCGGCGGGUCAAACUUCAUUUUGAAAGGGGAUAGCGGGUAGUCGGAGGGCUGGGACCGCGAGCCGUUUCGCCGCGAACACCCCGCCUUCCUACACACUUUCAACAGCCGGUCUAGCGGCAGCCGAGGAACAUACAAAUGGAGUGUCCUGGGGCCCGGAGAUGAGCGCCUCCCAGGUGAAGAAGUCGCUCUCAGUUAUAGGCCCUUGAUUUCAGAUCGGGACGAGCACACGGUUGCAGGGAUCCGGGCCUGGGCGCACCAGCAGUGAACAUCCCAUCGGGUGAUCCUGUGUGAUUGGUGGCCGUGUGAGACCGGUCUCUGGAAGCACACGUAGCGUAUGACCUGACCUCCAGAUGUGAGCUGUCGGUACUCCGUCAUGAGCCGCCGAAGGGCGGUGGAGGAGUUGUUGCUGCGCGAGUUCAUCGUGGUGAUGGAUCGAGGAGUGCGCUGAUGGCCGCGGCAUCAGAUGAGAAGCAGCCGGGAUCAGAAACCACUCUAAACGCUUAAGAUUAUGGGUCACGUAGGGCUACAGUUCCAGAAGUGGAUAUCUAUGGUACAUUUGAUAUCAUGGCCGCCGACACAACAUAUAAAAUCAUUAGGCAUCAUCGAGAAUCAGACGGGGAACAACGUUCAUCGCCAUGAGCUUGGCACAAAAAUUAGCGAGGAGAAAUGCGGCCGGGAGACCUGUGGAUGAGCGCCCACCUCUUGAAAAAGCAACUUGGCUGCGUAUGGGAUGGUGAGCUGCGCCAUUUUCUUGGAACUCUUGCAGAAUGGACACCAGCCAUUGUAACCCAUGAGACCACACUUUGAGCAUGCGUUCACUUCAAACUUGUCUGACGAGAUCAUCAGCCGUUCAAGAAGAAGUUGAGUUGCGCCAUAACCGAUAAGACAAUCGCGUUCCAUCUCUCCUAGCCGCAAUCCCCCUUCCCUGGAUCGACCUUCCGUCGGCUGACGCGUCAGUGUAGCUCGCGGCCCCCUGCAGUGAC